GACGUUGAGUACUUCCGGUGAUUCAAAACAGCUAAACAUAGGAGGCAUUAUAUUGUGUUUGCACUACAAAUAGUUUAUAAUUUGACACUAUAAAGGGGAUAUCGAUGGAUGAUAUACAGUCAUGGUGGGAAGUACCAAGUAUUGCUCAUUUCUGUUCGUUGUUUCGAGCAGCAUUCAAUCUCUUGGACUUUGAUAUUGAGGAACUGGAAGAGGCUCUUUUGACUGAUGGAGCAGAGGAUUCUGGAAGUUCCCUUCUUCAAGAACUGAUUGUGAGGCUUCUGUGUGGGUGUCUCGGAAAUAAUGACAUUUCGACUUUUAAUUACCAGAUGUUUCUGCGUCGCUUGUUCAGGCGAAAGUGUCAGGAAUAUGGGCGAGACAAUCCUUUCAACACUGACAUUGACUUCCAGUUCCUUCCGUUACGUACAAAGGUGCAGAUCCUGCAUGCUUUGUGUGACUUCAGACUCGAUGCUGAGGAUGUGCAAGAUUUAUUGAAGAACCUAGAGUCUGAUAGUUUGCGAGUUGAGCCUCUGGGACAUGAUGAGAAUCACUCAGCAUAUUGGUACUUCUAUGGCACACGACUGUAUAGAGAGGAUUAUCCAAAAGUUAAAAAGAAAGUUAAGGAGAAACGACAUAGAGGGAAGGAAGAGAAGCGUCACAAGAAACGAGGCAAAACUCCGCCACCAGAUUCGGAAUCAGAUGAAAAGGGGGCAGGUAUCUGGCAAGUGGUUUGCUUCACUGAACAAGACUGGGAUAAGAUCACUGACAGUUUCAGAGAUUCUACAUCGAAAAAUGAACGAGCAUUAUUCCAUACCCUCGCAGAGGACUUUCUGCCCGAGAUCCCACGUCUUUUUGCUGAAAAGGAACGUUUACAAAGAAAGCGAAUGCUAGAAUAUCAGCCUCGUAGACAGUCAAGUCGCUUGGAAAAGCUCAAACAACAGAAAGAGGAAGAAGAGAAAAUGUUGCAGAGGGAAGAGGAGGAGAGAUUACGUCAAGAGAGGGAGAAAAAAGAAAGGUUACAACAGCAAGAAAUGCUAAAGGAGAGAGAAAAUAGAACCUUGAUGGUUAAGGAGAGAGUAACUAGGGCUCUGAGGUGCUCACUGUCCUGCACAAAUUCAGAAUGUGGCAGCACAGGGAGUGUUCCGGACUCUCUCAUUGACAAUAGGUCCAAUCGUUCAAGUACAUUUGUUGGUCGUCAGACAAAUAAUUCACUCUCUUCUGCUACUGGUCAAAUAGUGAUCCAAGGAUUGAGGCAGAAACUGUGCAGUUCACAGGUAUUCAAGCAGACAGAGGAGGAUCUGCAGACUGGAAUGUACAAAAUCCUGGAAUACAUCAAGAACCAUGAUGAUGCAUGGCCAUUUGCAGAUCCUGUAGAUGAAGACUAUGCCCCAAGGUACUACUCAAUUAUCCGGCAGCCCAUGGAUCUUCAACGUAUGGAAGAUAAACUGGAUGAGGGAGAGUAUCUCACAUUUGCUGACUUCAAGGCUGACUUUCAGCUCAUUGUGGACAACUGUCGCCAGUACAAUGGCAUUGACAAUGAAUAUACAGAGAUGGUGGGAAAUCUCCAGGAAGCCUUUCAGAUGGCUGUUGAACGCUAUCUAGAGUCAGAUCCAUCAUCAGAUGAAGAAGUGGCUGUUGAGUUUCCAACUGGAACAACAUCAUCUGAGAGUCGAAUAGAAGCACAAGGACACAGGCAUAAGCAUCAUCAUCGUGCUCGUAGGAAGAAAGAAAAAGCACGACAGUCUUCGCAUAUCAACAGGAAUAUUCCCAGUCCGGAGAGCGAAUGCACAGUACAGUCCAGUACCGCAGAAGAAAGGGAGGAAGUAAUAAGGGAAAGGGAUCAGGAGGCUAAGACAGAUCACAUGGGGGAAGGUAGUAUGGACACUGAAGGAAGCAGUACAAAGGAUGAUACUGUUGACCUGAAGAGGCCUCACAGCCAUAACGGUACAAAACGCAAGAAGAAAACUGGGGUCAUCAAGAAUGUGGCAGAAAUAGAGGCCCUAGAACUAGCUACAGAACAGACUCUGAAGGACAUCAAUAAAUGGUUGGAUGAUACCCCACGCUUUUCGGAGUUCUCGUCUGCAAGCAACUCACCUUCACAUCUUAUUGGUGCUGAAGAGUAUGAAAUGGUAAGGUCACGUAUAGAAAAUGAGUAUCGGCACAGUCUUAAAUUGGACAGAGAUCGGCCUUCGUCAGGAACAUCACGCAGCAACAAAGAUGGCAGGGACAUAGCCAACAAGCGGCGUUCUAUUAAGGACUCCUCUAAACAACACCAACAACGUCGUCGUGAGGUCCAGAGGACAAUUGAGCGCCUUCAGCCAGGGAAAAGUAAAGGAAAUCUCAUCUCGAAUAUUCAGAGUGCAAAUAAAACUGUAGAUGAAGUGGGGGGUUGUAGUGGUGUGCUAGGGCUGAGUAGUAAACCCAAGGAAAAUAGGAACUCUUUAUUGGUGAAAAAAGAAGAAGCCACGCCCAAGCUAAGCCUGGGAACUGUUCUCAGAAGUGAUGUGCUAGGUUUUGGUGUAGCUGGACAUAACAAUCACAACUUUGACUCUUCAGAAGGAACACAAAUAGAAGACAAAAAGCCAGCUCUGUUGUUGACUGGUGCAGAAGGAACUGGAGCUUCUCCAAGAGAUAUUGACAUCAAACUCUCACCUGAAAAGCAAAACCAGUCACUGCCAGGAGGCUCACAGAAUCCACAAAUCAAGAAGGAAGAUGAGAAAACUGUGGCUGAGGAAGAGAAACCAGUGAGCAGAGAUUCCAAGCAUGAGAAAGUUACACCUGACCUCAGUGUCUGGUUUAAGGCUUUUGGAGCCCCAAAAACAACUGCUGUGCAGAAACAACGAAAACCAGAAGUUUCAACACAGCAGGAUAUGGAUGCAUGCACAGAGGAAAGAAGAUUGGAAACUGUUCCGAGUCCAGUUCCAGCAGACGUGCCUUUGUGUAGUGGUUCAGCGGACAGGCCACAAAGUGUGGGUGACAUGGGAGUGAGACCACCCACACAGGAAGAUUUAGACAGGAAAAUAGAUGAUGCACCAAGUCCCACACAGCAGUCAGUGGCACCAGCACAGCGGCAAAGAAAAGUCAGUACAGGUAGUAGCAUGUCUGAACGGUCAUCUUUCAGUCAGGACCCAAUGGAUCCCUUGGAUGGUUACCCUGCCCCCUAUCCCUCACCUCUGCACCCUUCUCCCAUGGCUGCUUCUCCUGUUAUGGCUUCUCCACGACCAGAAGAUACUCCAAAGCCCACUACCUCAUACCCACCUCUAAAUGGCACUAUACGUGUUGGGUUCUAUCAAGACACAUCAUCUAGCCUCCAGAAGAGCAGCCCAGAGAAAAGCAACAGCAGCUGCAGCCCACAGUCACCUUCCCCAUUCCAGCAGCCUGUCUAUUCUCCCCGCUAUCCUCCUCAACAUGAUAAUCCAGGCUAUUUAACAUACCGGAACCCCACACCAGGUCCACCACAGACUUAUGAUGGUUUACCUGUCCCCCCAUAUAGUGCUGUAAUGCAUUACUAUGACACCAGUAAGCCCUUGACUGAUCAGUACCAGGCAGCUCGUACACAAGCAUCAGAGGAGUACAUCCCAGGAAGUCUAUCCCUUUCAUACUCCAGUGUUCAGCAGCAGGGCUACUCAUCUCCAGUGUCUCCUUCUACGAGCCCUCUGCCAUACACUUCAGAGAGACAGUCUGGAUUUCAGUUGUCUGUCCCACAACCCAGCUCUGCACGUAGGUCACCAUCUGUGCCUGUUACUAGUUCAGGACUCCUUGGAACCCUGCAGUAUACUAACAGUCAGCAACAGAGUUAUGACAUAACUGUGCCAAGACCAAGUGCUCUUCACAAGUCAGCACCCUCAGUUGUCAGCAGCUCUCUGCCUUUCAGUACCAGUCACCAACAAGGGUAUGAGAUUUCAGUUCCACGCCCUAGUUCCACGAGCAAGCCAUCUUCUGCAUCAGCAGUGACAGUUCCUAGCACUGCACUACCCUUUUCAUCUGAUCGGCACCAGGGGUAUGAUUCGACUGUACCACGUCCCAGCACAAAAGCUCCUGCUGCUGUGUUUCCUGUUAAGAAGCGCCUGUAUAGUGACACUGAAUCUGCCACUGGUCUUCAGCAUCACCAUCAGACUUCUAGUCGAUUGCAUCAGUCUCCUCCAAGUCCUGUUACAACAGCAUCAGCAACACCACCACCUCCAUCAGUUGGCGUUUCACAGCCUAUAAACCUCCCCUUGCACACAACAGGUAACAGGCUUGCUAACUCCACACUCAGCAAUCCGAACACAGGUGAGAGAUUUGAUCAGACCUCUCCUGUAAGCAUACCUCAAGCCCAGCAUUCUUCAGUGAUAGAACAAGUAUGCAUGUCUCCAGUCUCCAUACCAAUAUGUAGUCCACAGAUAUCAGUUUCUCAAGCCAGCGAAAGGCUGCUUCCGGUUUCAAAGCAGCAGACUGUCUCAGAAAUGAUACUGGCCAAUGCAAUAACAGAAGUAGAUGGAGGUCAGCACUCAGAUUCUGUGUUGCAGGCUUCUGAAAAAUCCCAUCAAUCCAUGGACCCACGCGUAAUCGACAGACUAUACAGUGAGGAAGUCAUACAGCCAUCAGAAAGAUUGCAUCGGUGUGUCACAUCUCCUAUUGGAAACCAUCAGACAUCAACAGCAUUGAAUAUCCAACAACCGAUUGAUAUAUCACACCCACCCCGACAGGUGUCAAGUAAGCAGCCAUCUACAGAUCAGCUUCGAAAGAGUCCAACAACAGCGCGUGUAGGAAAUGAUAUUACUUUCCACAGGGGACCUUUUUCACCUGCAGCACCCUCAUCCAUAAGCAAUUUGACCAACCUCUCCCACAUUGUGGAUCGUUUCUCAAGUGAUGGGUCUCCUUUUUAUGCAACAGGUGGAGAUAAAAGUGGCAUAUUUGGCCAAGGAUCAGUACAGCCUCCUAUUUCAUCAGCAGCUGCAGCUAUGGCCAUGUUUUCACAGCCUGCUCCUGCAAUUUCAUAUAACCGCUCUGUGCCUGAGCUGUCAUCAGUGUUAUCCAGUAAAGUCUCCGAUGUGCAAUCUGUGUACAGUAGGACAGUGCCCGAACUUUCUUCUGUGCUUCCUGGUAAGUCGGCUCCAACCAUUACUAGUGCUCGCCCACCGUCAUAUGACAGAACAGUGUCUGAGCUCUCAAGCUAUGGUCACCAAACCAUGGACAUAUCCACCAGCUUACCAAACAAGUCAACUCCCCCUGUGGAGGGACAAACAAAUUAUAACCAUUCAGUGACAGACCUUCCUUCUGUGUUGUCCAACAAAGUGCCCCCUGCCACAGCAAUUAAUGUUGCUGCACCAACCUAUAGCAGGUCUGUAGUUGUGACAGACUUCUCCAUGGUCCCCACCAAAGUGUCAUCCCUUGUGGAGGCCCCGCCUUUAUCAGUGUCUGCUGUGACCACACCUACACCAAAGCCAUCUCGUAAGCGUAAAACGAAACAACAGCAACAGGUGACUAGUGGUAGUGACACCUCAGUCUCUUCUAGCUCUACAACAGCAUUCCAGCAGUAUGUCUCAGAACCAUCAGCCAUUGCACUCAAGACAGUGCAGACUAGUGUGGUUCCUGGCAGUGCCUUCAACUUUGGCCCAGCAACAUCAGGACUUGGCUUAUAUGGCGAUGCUGCAGGGUUUCUCGAUGAAUAUCGAAGUCCACCUACUGGCUAUUACAUCCCUCCUGGUACUGAUUCUGGCCGUGACAAGCAGACCUCUGCGCCACCUGCUCCUUCUCCAUUUCCUUUUCUAGGCCACCCACAGCCACGACCACCUCCUGGCUAUCCCCAGCUAGCUCCGGCAUUUCUUAACCACCAGCCAGCUUUGAUGGAUGCAUCAGGAGCCACCACACCACUAUAUCAACAGUACCUGCAGCGCCACCAGGAGGAGCUGUUGCGUCAUUCUGCAGCUAGUGCCCCUAUGGUGCUCCACCAAGGGCUUCUGGCAUCCACCUCUGGCUAUCCACCUGGCUAUCAUCCUGCACUGGGCAUUCGCCAGCCCUAUGAUGCUCUAAAUCGCCCCUCAUGGCUAUGAUAGGUCCUUCUGUGAAAGUGAAACUUCUAUGACAUGCAGCAUGUUUUGCAGAAUUCUGUUGCAAGAAAGCUCAUGGGACCAGGACACCUUUUAUUCACAUUCAAUAAAUGAACAAUGUGUGUAGUUCAAGACAAGCAAUAUCAUUUCUGGUUCAGAUUGUGUCAUAUAAAUUUACGCUAAUGUUGCAGAGUUGUGCAAUUUAAAAUUUCUUUAUCUUUACUGGCAUGCACUGCAUUAUUGCAAUGGUAUAUAUGUGCAGUCCAGCUGGCUGAGCAUUGCAUUCUUUCAGUACUACUACCAUUACCCCAUUUACCCCAUUAAAAAUGGUCACCAGCCUCAUAGUACCAGGGGAUCUAAGAUCUCCUGUUCCUGAAUCACAAAAAUGGAAUGCUAAUUCCAAAACAAGAAGCCAGCCUGUUUCAUUUCAGUUUCAUUGGUUCAGCAUCAGGGUUACUGUAUGAAAUCUGCUGGUUCAGAUUUCAUGAUCUAUCAUAUCUGCCAAGAAUAUAUUACAUUAGGACUAUAAAGUCUGAGCAACUGCAUGGUUUUGGCACAUGUGACUGGUUAUUGCAUAUUGCUUUUGUAUUUAGUUUUAAAUACAAUGGAACAUUAAGAAAUAAGCAAAUAUUUACUGCAAGAGAACUUCAGUGCGAAACAUUUGCUGAAUGUUGAAUUAAAAUACCAAAGAUACAGUAUCUCAUGAAAGUGAACUCUGCUUUUUAUUUUAUGUACUUUGUACUGUGUGUGAACUAACGUUUCCAAACAAUACAACAAACACCAGUACAGUUGUACACUUUGCAUUGGGCCACAAACUUCAUAUGUAACAAAAUUUACUUACGCUUCUCUUUUUAAUGCUACUCUUUCCCGGUGUUUAAAAUGCAAUUUUGUUUUCUUGAGAUGAAGUGUUUUACUUUCAUCAGAUAGAAAGUGUAAGGACAUGUGUUCAUUAGCUAUUAAUUUUAGUUAGAAAAAUGUGUAUGGUGUGUGAUAUCUUUUGUUUUCUCGCAAUCCACAAACAUAGGAUUGAGGGUGAGCUCUCUUGUAUAUUACAGGGUGGUUGUAUGAGUGUGUAUGAGUAAGUAUAUAUAGUUUGAUACAGUUUUAGUCUGGAUUGUACAAGCAUUUUUUAAGCGCACACACACACACACACACACACACACACACACACACACUACAUUUCUCUGAUACACUUUGCAAAUUCUUUUGCAGCUGUUGCUUUAGCUUGGAAGCAGUUCUCAUCACAGAUAUAUUCUUGGAGGAAAUCUUGAGAUAUGUUUUGCAAAACUGUUAGAACCUCCUUGGUUCCUGUAGACACCCCAAUUCUUGGUAGUAUUAACAGCUACACAGAGGGCUUAAGUAUCUUCUGUAGUUAUUUAAAAGUAUUUUUAUUCCAUGUUAUUAUUUUACAGAAACUUGAUUUUAAAACUUUUAUAUGUAUAAUGUGAAUUUUGGAAAAUUUUAAUUGUUUUAUAUAUAGAUAUAUCUAUAUACUGACUAUAGUUUAGUCAAAUAAAUGACCCCAAUCAGCUGUAUUAAAAGAAUGCCGGAAAAAAUGAUAUAUACUUUGUUCUAACAAUUUUAAAGUAAUGGUGGAAUUGUAUUUAGCACCUUAAUGGUGCUGCAAGAAAUAUUUAUGCUGUUAUGGGAAAGAUAUAAAUUGUUUGUGCAAUCAAUUUGUAGGUAUUACAAGAUAAACUUACAGCUUUGUGCAUUGUUGUGAUCCCACUGUUUUUGUAACAAUCAAAAGUGUGUACCAUUAAUCUCAGAACAUCUCUUCUGUGAGGCCUUCCUUAUUUUGUAAUUAGAUACAUGAUGAAAUUAGCAAUCUUUGUUCCUAAGAAUGUGGCUCAAAUUCUGGGUGCCUUUUCAUAGUCUUUUAUCAUCCACUGUCUACACAUUGGUUUCAGGUUAAAUCUGGGCAAGAUAAGUUUAUUGUUCCUAUCAGCAUCCAUUAAUGUUAGAUUUUUUAUGAACAUAUUUUUUAUGUACAGACAUAAGCAGAUGAUAUAUGUUGCAAACAACUGAUGCAGAUGCUAAUUACUUAAAAUGACAUAAUGUUAAAAUGCAUGGUUUCCUCACUUUCAGUUCACUAAUGGGUUAUAGAGUUUUAAAGUUUAAAACAAAAUGAGAAAAUCAGAAGAAUUUGUUUUGUAAAAUUUGUCAUUUUUAUGAGAUUAAUGUAUGCACUAGAUCACUGUUGACCUAGCUAAGAGGGACCCAUUCAGUGGGCCAGAUAACUCAUGAAACAGACUCCCUGUGAUGGUAAUAGUUUCUCAUUUACUGAAGGAAUUGCCUACCUCUUAUGGAAUGCAAGGUUCAUUACAGUGUUCACAAGAGCCUGGCACUGGUUCAUACACUGACUUGGAUAUGAAUCCACUUCAUGCCCUCCCACCGUUUCUUUGAUUCAUCUUCAUAUUGUUCUCCCAUAUAUGCCUAGGACCUUAGAAGUCUCAGUCCAUCCCAUGUGUGCUGCACGUUCCACCAAUCUCAUCCUUGAUUUUAUCAUCCUAAUGUUUGGUAAGCAGUACAGAUUAUGCAGUUUUCUCCAUCAUUCUCUCACUUCCUCCCCUGAGCUCCCUGUUCUCAAACACCCCCAAUCCAUACUUUUCUUGAUGUAAAGGGUCAAGAUUCAAAGCCAAACAAAACUACAAGUAAAUUUAUAUUUUUGUAUUCUUACAUAGCAGACAUGAAGACAAACAGUUCUGAACUAAAAGAUAGUUAACAUUCCCCAAAUUUAAUCUGCUCUUACCUUAUGAAUCCAACUUUGAUUUGUUACUGAUAUUUCCAGAUAUUCAAACACUGGAACAUUUGUUAAGGAUUCCUUAGUAUUUUGUUCUUGCCCUGCAUUCUUAUGAUGGGACAUGGCCAUAUGCAAUAUUUAAUAUUCUCUGUCUUUCCCAUCAGAGCAGCCUCUCUACUAGCUAUCUGCUAUCUGACAGAGCUUCUGUUUCACUGUUUAUGGCAUUUGUCUGCACCCAGUAAACCAGAAGGUGGUGUGUUCUAUUCAAACCCAGUCCCUCUUGGUUUUCUUGGACCUUGAUAAAGGCAUAUUCAAACAUAAAGUUAAAAAGCAAUGGUGAUAAAGCAUCUGAUCAUUCUGCAUAGGAAGUACUUAAAUAAAUGGUUAUGUACACAGACUCUACAGUAGUUGAGUUUAAACUUAUUUAAAUUAGCCUAAUCAGUUUCAUGGGUAUACUGAAUUCAGUAGUGCAUAAACAGCUGAUGUAUUAUCUCACUGUGCUCCCAUUUUUUCUCGAAUAGCUGAUCAGUGGUUGACCUCUUGCAACAGAAUCAACACUGAUGAUCCCCUAUAAAUUUGUCUGCAUAUGGAGUUCAAAUUGAGUGUGUUGGAUAACAUUUUCUAUGUAGAUAACAGGGAUAUACCUCAAUAAUUAUUGCAGCCAUCUUUAUCAGCAUUUUUAUAAAUAGUGUAGCAUGUAAACCCAUUGCUAAGUAAUGACUAUAAAUUAUGCCCACUGCUAGACAUCCGCAGAAUAAGCAAAUAUAUGGUGGCCAUUGCUGAGUAAUGAAUUCUUCCCACAGCAACAGAUGAACUACAACAAUGAGCGGGGUUUUCCAAGCAGUUCAUCCCAAGGGGUUAUAGAUGGGAAAAAUUUGGAGUAUAGUUCAGUUGUUGGAUAUUUUCCAGUUGGUAACGAAAUUAGCAGAGGACAUUACUAAAAUUCAUUAACAGGAAACAACUAGUGAAGACAGAGAAGACUUCAUGUGUGAUGCAGUCAACAGUGAUCUUAAGAAUGUGUAAACCAGUGAGGCUGUUAUUGUUAUUUGAAGUUAUGUGUUAUGUGUAUAAAUGUUUGCUAAAUCCAACCAACUCAAACCCUGUCAAUAACCACUCAGAAACCUGACAGUAGGUUCAGUUAUAGAUUCAUUCAACUGUUGUAGCAGUUCAUUCAAAAUUAAAUUAAUAAGUUUAUGCCUGUCAGACUGUAAUUAUUCACCUUCUUCUUAGAUCAGUAUUGCCAGACUUUGAUCAGUACCUGGCCAUUUAUACUAUGUUUCAACACUUCAGUAGCAGUGUGACCCUCACAAGAAUUGGGUUCUGCUGAAAGUAUUUGUCACCCUAACAUCCUAUGUAUAUUCAACAGGCAACAAAAGUAAUUCUUCCUUCCAUUCAAAGUACUGUGGGUAUCACCAUUCUCAUCCUUUACCAAGUUAGUCCUAGGUUGGGAAUGUUUCUUAAAUUUAUUUAUGCCUCUAUAAAUCCCAAAUAUUCAUGCUUUUAGUGUUUGUGUAAAGCUAACUGAUUUUGUGCUUCAAAUAUUCCUUCCCCCCCCCCUUUUUCCUUCAAGAAAUUUCUACUAUUUUUAUGCCUUAUUUUGUUCAGAUUAUCUUCAUUCACUUGGAUUCUGCAACCACUACAGUCAGACUUGCUCUGAAUGAUGUAAUAAUUCUAAGCAUAUGCCAUAAAACCAUGAUUUAUGUUGCUUUAACUUGUAGUAUCCUACUCUUUGUGGCCGAAUUUUGAUACUUUCUGUAAUAUCUUCCAAAGCUCCAUUAAUGUCCACAUCUUUUUUUUUGUACAUAUCUCAGCCAGAUGUCUUGUCUGUCCUGAGAUGCUUCUCUCAGUACAACUUCUAUCAUAGCCCCUUGAGAAGUCCCACUCUAAACUACAUUUCGUCCAUUUCAUUGUUCAUAAUCAUUCAGUCCCUCAUCUGACAUUAAAUAAAUACUGCAGUUGACACAUCAUAGUCUGACUAGUUUUCUAUCUUGAAAUGAAUGAAGACGUCCAUAUCUCAUCAUCAUGGUGUAAGACAAACCCCCUGAACAUUAGCUAGGUGCAUAUAGCCAUCAAUGUUGAUGUGCAUGUAGCCACGUUAUAUAUGAUAGUAAGAAAUCACAGUUGCAUUCUUAGAAAAUCUAAAGGGAAUUUUAUCUUCAACAGGAAACUACAAUUUUACAUGUUCUACAUGGGUGUGAAAUAUGAUGUCACCCUCUAGGUAAAACAUAUUUGAGGAUGGAGAGUACACUGUACAGCAGGAUCCUGUGAACAUGAUAAUGAAUCUUCAGAUUCCACACAAAAUGUGAGGAAUGUCUUAGUAGUUGAGCAGCCAUUUAGCUAGUAAAGGACCCUGCUGCUUGAACUUUGAAACACUGUCACAGGCCUCCUGUACCAAAAUCUUUUUGUUUCUGAAGUAUUCUAUCUUGGGUACAAUACCGUGUAGUUUUGUUGAAAGUAAACUGACGUUUAGGAGGAACAUCUUGCCUCCAUCUUCAAGGCCAAAGAAUAAGCCAAGAAAGAGACCAACAUGAAGCAAACAGCGAGCUCUGCUGGUCUCUUGCUUAACAUUUCACGGACCGGCGAUUUAAAUAUUUAAAUCACCCUGGGGACCAGCAUU